AUGGGGAACUUGUGCGCUAAACCAGCCAGGUGUGCUCAUGCUUCUUCCAACAACUUCCCUCCUCCUCCUCAUCCUCCUCCUGGAAGUUCAAAGUACAAUGGCGAGGAACAGCAGGAUUUAGCAUCCUCCAAGCAGGGCAGGCCAUUGGGUGGUCUGAAUACUACAGCUCUAAUAGCACCCAAUGCAGUUAAUACAUGUGUUUCUAGCACCCUUAAGUCCUUUAGUUUCAUUGAUCUCAAGAAUGCCACUAGGAACUUCCGCCCAGAUAGUCUACUUGGAGAGGGAGGGUUCGGGUGGGUCUUCAAAGGCUGGAUUGAUGCAAACACUUUAGCUCCCACUAGACCAGGGACUGGCUUGGUGGUGGCAAUCAAGAGGCUCAAGCAGGAAAGCUUUCAAGGUCACAAGGAAUGGCUUGCAGAAGUCAACUAUCUUGGUCAACUUCACCAUGAAAAUCUUGUCAAACUCAUAGGCUAUUGCUCAGAAUCUGACAAUAGACUUCUUGUUUACGAGUUUAUGCCUAAGGGAAGUCUGGAGAAUCAUUUGUUUAGGAAAGGUGUACAGCCUAUACCAUGGGCUAUGCGGAUGAAUAUUGCAGUGGAUGUUGCAAGGGGGUUGUCCUUUUUGCAUAGUUUAGAUGCUAAUGUUAUCUACCGUGACUUGAAGGCUUCCAACGUUCUACUUGAUUCAGAUUUCAGUGCAAAGCUAUCAGAUUUUGGCUUAGCAAGGGACGGUCCUACUGGAGACAACACUCAUGUUUCAACCAGAGUCGUGGGAACUCGAGGCUACGCUGCACCGGAAUAUGUUGCUACAGGUCAUUUGACACCAAAGAGUGAUGUGUACAGCUUUGGUGUAGUGCUGUUAGAGCUACUAUCAGGAAGACGAGCAAUGGAUGAUGAGAGAGUUGGCAGUGUGGAGGAAACACUGGUGGAUUGGGCAAAGCCAUUUUUGAGUGAUAGUAAACGAGUUCUAAGAAUCAUGGACACAAGAUUGGGGGGUCAAUACCCGAAGAAAGCCGCCCAAGCUGCAGCUGCACUUGCAUUACAAUGUCUUCAUACAGAUCCAAAGAAUAGGCCACUAAUGAUUGAUAUUCUAGCCACAUUGGAACGACUGCACUCAAAGGAGACACUGCGGACUCAACAACCUAAAAUAGACCAUCAUGGGGUUAAGCAUUCAAACCAUCUCGCAAGAUAA